AUGUCUCUGAAAUAUGAAAACCCCGCGGCACCCUCUGCCACUAUGUCGUCGUCAUCGUCUGCCGCCCAACAGCCUCGCCAACCCCUUCCCGCGAACACCUCGCACUCCCAACCCCAGGCUCAAUCGCAGUCUCAGUCGCUGCCUCAACAGCAGCUGCCCCAACAGCCCCAGCACAAACGAGUCUACCAAGCUUGCAUCCCGUGCCGAAGGAGAAAGGUGCGAUGCGAUUUGGGGAGCGUCGACGAUCCCCACGAACCCCCGUGCGUGCGCUGCCGUCGCGAGAGCAAGGAGUGCUUUUUCAGUGCUACCCGGCGGAAGCGGAAGAACGACGACGAGCUCGACGACCAGGAGGAUGAUUAUACUCUUCGUAACGCACGGAAGCGACCCCACACCGACGGCACGCCCCCUCUCCCCGUCGACCGGAAAUCUUACAGCAGCGUUCCCCUGACCCCGGGUGGCUCGACCGGCCGGACGCAGCCCUUGAGACGGCCUAAUGCGGACCACGAAGAUGGGAGGAGAACCAGCCGGGGCACGAGCUACACCGAUGUCGGCGAAGACUCCAACGCCCACUUGGAGAACCUCGAAGCUCAGAGCGUUAUGAGAAAGGAGGUAUACGGUCCCCACGACGCCCUCGACCUCCUCUACAAGGCUGCCACCGACAGGUCCGUCUCUUCGUCAUACCGCCCCAUCUAUCCGAUACGGCCCGUUAGCGUGCGAAUUACUAAUUUCGAUAGCCCGCACGACCUGAACAGGACUCGUGAAAAUGUCACUGUGGCCUCCGUCGUCCAGCCGUCACCCGUGUCUGCCCAGGGCCGCAAGACGCCUCGAGAUCACGGCUCGAACUUCGCCAGCCGUCCGGAUGGUCGCACAACAUCGAAAUCGGCGGACCUCAUCGACCCGCUCCUGCAAACGUCGGCGAAGGCCGACGAAGCAUCCGACAUGGAACGGCGCCUGAAUGUCGAGAACGAAGCCGGAUACCAGGAAGCGCUCGAUGCUUGGUCGAGGUUUAGAUUCGUUAGGGCUGGAUGGUUCACUAAGGAGGAGGCCGUGAGAUACAUCGUAUACUACUACGAGUAUUUAUCCCCCAUGACGCCCAUCUCGCCGCCAACGUUCCGCAGUCCUUCUUCGCAUAUCACCUUGCUGACUGAAGAGCCAAUUCUCACCGUGACCUUGUUGACUAUCGCCUCGAGGUACUACCGUAUACAAACCACCGGUGGGCACUGCAGGUCGCACGCGAUCCACGAAGAGCUGUGGCGGUAUCUUCGGAGGAUGAUUGAACGGUGUCUCUGGGGGCAGGAGGCGUUCGGCGGCGGCUUCUGCGGAUCUGGGGCCGACGAGUCGCAGACCUCGAGCACUGCGCCGUGGAGAGGUCUGAGGAAGGGGAGCCUUCGUACAUUAGGAACAAUCGAAUCACUGAUGAUUUUGACGGAGUGGCAUCCCCGAGCGCUUCACUUCCCUCCUGACGAGGCCAUUGACGAAUUGAUGCUUCCCUCCCGUGACGUGCACCCUCACGAUCUAGGUGACGACGAAGGCGGGCCCCGCCCCGGCGGGAAUGUCGGCGGUCGGAGGAUCGAAAGCUGGCUCGAGCCCGCUUGGAGGAGCGACCGCAUGUGCUGGAUGCUGCUCAGCAACGCGUUAGGUCUAGCUUACGAGUUAGGUGUCUUUGACGACAUUGGCGAGCUACUCGAGACCAAUGCCAUCACGCGGCCCGAGUACGAGGACGAGGCCUAUCGCCUCCGCGCGACGCGGAUUAAGCGCCUGCUAUUGGUGUACCAGACCCAGCUGGCAGGUCGGCUCGGGUGGACGAAUAUGGUUCCCGAGAGCAUCCGGAAAACCGACCCAGCUCUUUCCGGGAGGCGUCCGAUCUCGAACGAGGGGAACACGCCGGGGACCAACCCGUCCGUGUCAUCCGCCACCUUUUGUUACGUGCCCAACGUCGAGUUGGACGACCAGAUCAUCCAUUGCUGGGUGGGAGUCAGCGAUGCCAUGCAGCUGGGCAACGAGAGACUAUUCCGCUCGCGGAAGCACACCACAGAGAUAAUCCAGAGCGGGAAUUACACGAGAGCGCUGAAGGAGUUCCAACCUAUCCUUAGGAACUGGUGGAGGGAAUUCCAACGCUUCGACAUACCCGAGAACAUCCGUCAUAUCCUGACGAUCGAGUACGAAUACGUGCGCAUAUACGUCAAUUCUCUAGCCCUGCAGGCCGUCGUCGAGCGCUGUACGGUCAACGCCGGGGCGUCUACUAGUGUAGCAGUGGGCAGCGCGCAACUGUCCCCCCAGACGCAGAAUUACCUCGGGAACCUGCCCCUCGGCCACCUAGGCGGCUUCGGUCACGAAGACCAGGAAUACGUCAAAGAGGUGGUGGACGGGUGCAGAAACCUGCUGCGGACGGUCGUCGAGGGCCUGCUCAAGCGAGGCUACCUGAAACACGCACCCGUGCGAACAUACUUCCGGAUCGUCAGCGGUGCUAUGUUUUUACUCAAGACCUUUGCCCUGGGCGCGCCUAAGUCGGAUGUGGAGGUGAGCAUCAGUCUUUUGGACCGCACAGUCGACGCGUUACGAAACUGCGUCGUGGACGACAUCCACCUGGGCACGAGAUUCGGCGACUUGCUCGAGUCUCUAACGACGCGGCUCCGAGACCGCUUUAAGUACGCGCCGGUGGCGGCAGAAGGCAAGAGUCCACGCCCGAACGGCGACACGGGCAAACACACCGCGACGAACGGCCACACCCAAGUGAACGGCGUAGAGAACGGGUACCCGGGCCACUCUGCUAAAUUUCGAGAUGCCCUCUCCGUCCCCGAGCGUUCCUCGACUCCGUCUGGGAACGUAUCGGCAACUCCUUUCGACCUCACUACCGGCACUUUUCCCUACCCGACCGGUUCUGCUUCCGUGUUCGGACCCUCUACGCCAGCGCUAAGCGGAAAUGUGUUGGAAACGUCCCAUCUCGGUGACAACAUCUUCGAGGCCGGCGGAGACUGGAGUGCUGACGACCAGAUGUGGUACCUGCCCCCGGGACCCGGCCUGUUCCAGAGCAUGGGGGAGAACUCCAAUGUGACGAUGACGGAUCAGGGAGUGAACGUGGGAGGCGUGGAUUUGCUCGAGUUCAUGGCCAUGGACCCCCCUCCGUUCACUUCGAUGGAUGGCUCGGGAUACUAG